CCAAUAUCAAGAUAAGUCAGUUUAUAUCUGGAGAGUCGUUUAAAAUCGUGACAUAGGAUUUAGUCAGUUACAUUUCUGUUCAAUUCUGUGCCGAGGUUGGGAUCUGAAACUACCUUUCCCCCCUCUUUAAGGGACAUUUUGGAUUAACCUUGUCGAUAAGAGAUUCCAGGUGUCAGUCACAUCAAAGGCUGGGCGUGUUUGAUCAGCGUACGGACUAUAAAAGGAUAAACAUGGCAAGCGGGGACCAUUCUUUCGAUCUUGAGCUGUCAGGUCAGACUGUAGUUGGUAUUGAACCAGAUUUUGUAAAACCCGUCUUCUUGAAUGCAAAGCGCUGUACCGGUGUUGUCGUGACCAGAUCAAAACGCAAAUCAAAAACCAGAAGAAUCAGAAACCUAAUGCGCUCGUCUCUUUGGAGAAAAACAGCCACCAUGAUUCCAGUACCAGGACUUUAUUUCCAAGAUGUUAAACCAAUAUCAAAGUACUCGGGUAGAUCUGUUGCAUCAAGGCACGACAGAGCCUUCCAACAGAUUUUGGCCGCGUUCCUGUUCUUGAUCAGAACAAUGGGAAAUUCUGCCUCAGAAACUCUCCGACUUUGUCGGUUCUUGUUCUCAGUUAUGACACUGUACUUGCUGGCUUGUGGACGCACGUUAUCUUUUAAAAAGAGACACGCUCAUCAUGCUCAUCAUCGAGUUUGCUCGCGGGUUCAUCGCAGAAGUGAAAAAGGAAAAUUAAACAAAAAGGUGCAGCUUUACCGUAAAAUGCCACUGAAAGCUGUUUCAAGAUUAUGGGGGAAAUUCAAUAGCCUUGACCUGCCAAACUGGCUACGUACGCCCGCCUACAGCCUCUACAUAUGGAUGUUCAACUGCAACUUAGAAGAGGCUGCCAUAGAAGAUUUACGUCACUAUCGAAAUCUUGGAGAAUUUUUCCGCAGACAGCUGAAACCUUAUGUUCGAAACAUAGAUUCCACACAUAGCAUUACUAGCCCAGCUGAUGGUCGCGUGUUGCAUUUUGGUCGAGUUCAAGACGGCCGUCUGGAACAAGUAAAAGGUGUGACAUACUGUCUACAGGGUUUCCUUGGACCUCACACUUGGACGGACAGCACUGCAAUCUAUAAUGAAAAUCAUAACAUCGAUUCAGCGGAAAAUACUCAGAUGCUAAUCGACGAAAAAGUCUACGAAUCGUCGCUGAAGAUGCACAAAGAAGGCACCGAUCUCUUCCAUUGUAUUAUUUAUUUGGCGCCCGGUGAUUACCAUCGUUUUCAUUCGCCAACGGAUUGGAAUGUCCAGUAUAGGCGCCAUUUCUUAGGUGAUCUCCUCAGUGUGAACCCUGGUGUGGCCAAAUGGGUACAGGGUCUUUUCAACCUCAACGAGCGAGCUGUCUACUAUGGAACAUGGACACAUGGGUUCUUUUCCAUGGCGGCAGUUGGUGCCACCAACGUCGGAUCAAUCAAGUGCUACUUUGAUGAUGAUUUAGAAACAAACAGUGGCGAGCCAUUGAAAGAAAAUCGACACUACGACAAAACAUUUUGGGCAGACAACAGGAAGGGAAUCGACUUCAGAAAGGGGGAGAUGUUUGGUGAAUUCAAUCUUGGUUCAACUAUUGUUUUAGUCUUCGAGGCGCCGAAAUCUUUUGACUUUAAAAUAAAAAAUGGACAGAAAAUUAAAUUUGGUGAGCCAGUGGGUUGCCACAACAACAAUGCCUGAUGAAAAUGCCCUUGCUGUCUUGACAAGGUUUUAUAACUGCUGAGAAUGUGGGUUCGAUGCUGCCAUAGUGCUACGCAUAGUUUGGAGACUACGAGUCAUGAUGCCUGCUUAUCUCAGAGACAGUAGAACUGUCUGUGACGUCUUCGGGGAAACCAGUGUAGUUUGCUUGUAUACUGGUAAGAUGAGGUCUUCCUGGGAACCGUGUCAGGAACCAGUUAGUGUUGGUGGCUGUUAUCAGUUGUGUUGGCGGCAUCAGGGUGGUACCAGUUAGUGUUGGUGGCAUCAGUUAGUGUUGGUGGCACCAGUUAGUGUUGGUGGCAUCAGGGUGGUACCAGUUAGUGUUGGUGGCAUCAGGGUGGUACCAGUUAGUGUUGGUGGCAUCAGUUAGUGUUGGUGGCAUCAGUUAAUGUUGGUGGCAUCAGUUAGUGUUGGUGGCAUCAGGGUGGCACCAGUUAGUGUUGGUGGCAUCAGGGUGGUAUCAGUUAGUGUUGGUGGCACCAGUUAGUGUUGGUGGCACUAGGGACAUGACGACAACCCCAGGCCACCUGGCUGCGAACAAACAGUAGAAAUAUCAAAUGGGUUAAGUGGAGGAAGAGUACCGGGACUGAGUUAUUGUUAGUGGUUGUUGACAACUUAUUGGUGCUGAUGCAAUUGCUGUUCUGUCCUUUUGUGCACAUAUUGGCAUUUAUGAUUGAAUGCUCCACAAAUAUGACCUUUUGUGAUAAUUUUGGCGGUUUAGUGAGAACAGUCAUGAAAUGAUUGUUUUUUGUAUUCACUGGUUUGUUUGAGAAAUACAUGUAUAUUUCAUUGUGGUUGAAUUUGAUGGGACAGGUAGGCGAUUAACUGGUUAGGAAAUGAAUAUCCGGUUUUUGACUCGGCAGAUCGACUCUGGGCGUGUCAUAAACAGAAAUAUCAAUGAUAUGUUUUGGAAAGAGUUGGUGUGUAUAAGGCGUCAGCUGUUUGUAUACUUGUACAAUAUGGCGUGAUGUUCAAUGGGAAUUAAAUUUCUUCAGAUUUGAUCAAUUCCAUCAGUCUGUAGUGUAUGUGUGUUGGUGAAGUUGAUCGAUCGAAAAAAUUUUCAGAUGUGAGAUUUUUUAGAUUUUGUGUUAACCCAUGCAUUCCAGAAACUUUACCUCAGAUCAUGUGGCAAUUGUGUGAUGUUAGGAUGUGUUUUAUAUGAAGGAUGUGUGCUGAGGAAGGUUUGAUAUAGCUAACCUCAAGGAAGUUUUUGUACUGCAUUCCCAGUGUGGCUUGCUCAACGGGUACAUGGACAGUUGAAGGAAAUAUUAAGUGGAAUUGUCUCCAUUCUAUAAAGAGGGUGUCCUCCUGGCUGCUGUUUCGACUGUUCCUGUAUGUUUCAUUCUGUCAAUUGAAAUGUGUAAAUAUUGUGAAGAAGUGUAUUUAUAAAAGGCUCUGCUGCAACCAAGAAUACCGGGUAUGUAAAAAUAAACCUGACAAUAAUUUCUAUAA